GCUAAAACUACAACAAAAACAAGACUACAAAAUUCUCUGAAACAAGAUUACAAGAGUUGUGUCCAAAGUUCAGUUGGUUCAGCUGCUUAAUCUUUAUGAUAUGUAUCUAGGUAGACCAAGUUCUUGGCGUGGCUGAAGGUAUUUAUAUCACUUAGAAAAUAAUACUUUGUACUGGGAUGACCAAGUUCUUGCCUAUCCCUCAAGGGUGUUAUAAAAAAGCAUUUGGAAAUUCUUAUCCACAAACAACAUCAGAGCAAAACCAAAUUUCUCUCAUAUGAUGGAGAAAAGAACACCUACUAAAAUCCUCUUUCCUCUGUAUUCCAUCUUAACCAUAAUUCUCUGUCUCGUGCCAUCACAAACCAAUUGCUCAACCCUCCAAGACGACACUCUUUCCCUUCUUGCAAUAAAAAAUGCAAUUGAUCCCAACUCAAUCACCCCCUCUUCCUAUCUCAGCACCUGGGACUUCUCAGUGGAUCCAUGUGAAAGCACUGGCUCACAAUUCCUAGGAAUAUUGUGCUACUUGCCCCUUGAUAACUCCUCUAGUAGAGUAACAGAAGUUGACCUCGAUGCCAUUGGCUAUGAAGGAUUUCUAACACCAGCAUUAGGGAACCUCACACAGUUAACAGUCCUCAACCUCAACAACAACAAAUUCCGUGGUCCAUUACCAGAAACCAUUGGCAAACUAAAGAAACUAACAAGACUCGCAAUGUCACAGAACUUUUUCACUGGGGCAAUUCCACAAACAAUCACAGGGCUCAAUAACGUUAGAUACAUAGAUCUUUCAGGGAACAGGCUCUCAGGUCUAAUCCCCACUGAUAUCACUGCUCUGAGAACCUUAUCAUACUUGAGUCUGUCAAACAAUGAAUUUGCUGGAAGAAUUCCAAACCUCACAGGGUUGUGGCAACUCAACACAUUAGACCUCAGUUUCAACCAGUUUUAUGGGGAUCUUCCAAACCUUCCAGUGAGUUUGAGAAACAUGUAUUUUCACCAUAACAUCCUUUCAGGGCACUUGACACCCCUCAAGGGACUCAUACACUUGAAGUGGUUAGAUGUGAGUGACAACAGACUCUCAGGUGCCAUCAGUGGGAAUGUUCUUUCUUUGAGAAACGUUGUUCACCUCAAUGUUUCUUUCAACCGUUUCACAGCAUUAGAGGUUAUCAACUAUUCUCUGCAAGAGCAAAGUCUUCAGGUGCUUGAGGCUCAAGGGAACCAUCUGAAGGGUCAUUUGCCAGUGAAUUUGGUUAGCUUUGUGAACCUGACCUCGAUCAAUUUGGCUAACAAUCAAUUCUCUGGUUCAAUUCCCUUGGAAUAUGGCACAAAAGUGAAGUCAUCAUGGAGAAGACUGCACUUAGAUUACAACUUUCUAACGGGAAAUCUUCCUCGGGAGUUUUCACAUUCCACAAACGUUAAAGGUAGCCUUGCAAAGAACUGUCUAAAGUGCCCAACAAGUGUUGGUCUCUGCCAGGGGAGACAGAGACCAUCUACAGAAUGUGUCGGCCAACACAACGUAUGACAAAUGAUGUCCAAACAAACACAAUCAACCAUAAGCAAGUGCAGUGGUUGUUUAGAUCAACAAUGUGCUCAGCGUAGAAUUUGUAUGCAAAUAGGAA